GAACUGAGUACUUCCACAUUGUAAUAAAAUAUACCUUCUUAACUAAAUUUUUUUUUCAGAAAUAAUUAUAAAACUUAAAUAUAUUUUAGCAUGUCCAUAACACAGCGUGUUCAACAAUGGGCAACAUUUACAAGGAUAUGGCAUUUAUAUGAUGCUACAUGGCAAAAUCCUUUUGAAUCCGCACAAUUAAUAAAAAAGCAUUUACAAGGAUUACAUAAACCAAUUUACCAUCCUUUAAAUGACUGUGGAGAUCAUGUUGUAGUCAUAAACACUAAAGAAAUAGCCUUGCCUGGAAAUGAAUGGCAAAAACGUGUUUACUUCCAUCAUACCGGAUAUCCAGGUGGUGCUACUUGGACUCUAGCUUGGGAAUUACAUGAUAAGGAUCCAACAAUGAUAUUAAAAAAAGCCGUUUAUAAUAGUAUGGAUGGGAAUUUACAACGUCGUUAUACAAUGCAAAGAUUACACCUGUUUCCAGAUGACAAAGUACCAACAGAUAUAUUGGAAAACAUUAGCAAUCAAUUACGACAAUUAAGACCAGUACCGAAACGUCUCGAUAAAUAUUCACCAGACGAAGUUGAAAAAUUCCCAAAAAUUAUGAAUUGGCCAAGUGAUUAUAUUCUACGAUAGCGAGAUAACUGUUUAAAAUAAGUUCUGUAAAUUAUGUAGAUUAAAUAUACGAAUUAAAAUUAUUACCAAAUUUUA